AUGGCGUCGAGCACUGAUGUAGCUGGGCUGGAGGAGAGUUUCCGGAAGUUUGCCAUCCAUGGCGACCCCAAGGCCAGUGGGCAAGAGAUGAACGGCAAGAACUGGGCCAAGCUGUGCAAGGACUGUAAGGUGGCUGACGGGAAGGCCGUAACGGGUACAGAUGUUGACAUCGUCUUCUCCAAAGUCAAGGCGAAGUCGGCUAGAGUAAUCAACUAUGAGGAGUUCAAGAAAGCCCUGGAAGAGCUGGCAACCAAGCGGUUCAAGGGGAAGAGCAAGGAAGAGGCCUUCGAUGCCAUCUGCCAGCUGGUAGCAGGCAAGGAACCAGCCAAUCUGGGUGUCACUAAAGCAAAAACAGGUGGUGCUGUGGACCGGCUGACUGACACCAGUAAGUAUACAGGUUCCCACAAAGAACGCUUCGACGAGAGCGGCAAGGGCAAGGGCAUUGCUGGGCGGCAGGACAUCCUGGACGACAGUGGGUACGUGAGCGCCUACAAGAACGCCGGCACCUACGAUGCCAAGGUGAAGAAGUGAGGCCUGGCACGGCCCCGUGAGGCUGCUCCACUGGAGGCUCAGGCCUGGGGCAAGGGUCACAUGGAGCAAGAAAGCUUGGUUCCCUCCCUGCUGGAUCUGCCACCAAGAGCUUCCUGCCCAGCCCCAGGGGCCAUCCCAUCAGGCCUCUGACCCAGACUGCCAUGUCCCUUCCUUCUUCUUGUCUCCCUGACUUCCGUCUGGGAGACAGCGCCUAAACCUUCACCGCCCAGCCUGGUCCCAGGCAUGGCUGACUCUUGCCUGCUUGCCUCAUAUUUAAGCUGCUGCUCUGGCCAAGUGCCUAAUUCCUACCCAGACCUCAAUAAAGAUACCUUUUGUACCAA